UACGAGAGUUGAAAAUCAACAAUAUAUUAAAGAGAGAACAAAGCUGAAAGCAUAUUCUUCCAAAUUAUUCAUUCACUCCAAGAACACCGUUUGUGUUUGCCUUUUUGGUUUGGUUUGGUCUUCCAGGGAAAACCAACCAACGCUACUGUUCAAUCCUCGAACUGUGUUCCUCGCGUUUUGGUUUUCUCAAGGUUUUGUUGCGGCUGAAGUAGUGUUCGUCGAUCGAUCUUCAAACAUGCCUUCCAGUCACUUGCUUCUCGAGGAACCCAUUAGGAUGGUCUCCAUCCUUGAGCCAUCCAAGCCUAGUUUUUUCCCCGCAAUGACAAAGAUUGUUGGUACUCUGGGUCCUAAAUCUAGAUCCGUUGAAACUAUUUCUAAUUGUCUCAAAGCUGGCAUGUCUGUGGCUCGAUUUGACUUUUCGUGGCAUGACCCUGAGUAUCAUCAGGAGACUUUGGAAAAUUUGAAGGUUGCUAUCAAGAGUACCAAGAAGCUCUGUGCUGUUAUGCUGGACACAGUGGGUGCAGAGAUGCAAGUUGUUAACAAAAGUGAGAAAGCUAUCUCUCUCGAGGCAAAUGGUCAGGUUGUUCUAACUCCUGAUGCCGGACAAGAAGCUUCUUCUGAAAUACUGCCAAUCAAUUUUGAUGGGCUGGCUAAGGCUGUGAAGAAGGGAGACACCAUUUUUAUUGGUCAAUACUUGUUCACAGGAAGUGAAACUACUUCUGUAUGGCUGGAGGUAUCCGAGGUCAAAGGGCAAGAUGUUGUUUGCAUUAUAAAGAAUACGGCUACCUUGGCUGGGUCACUGUUCACUUUGCAUGCCUCUCAAAUUCAUAUUGAUUUGCCUACUCUCACUGAGAAAGACAAGGAGGUUAUAAGCACCUGGGGAGUUAAAAACAAAAUUGAUUUUCUGUCAUUGUCAUAUACUCGACACGCUGAAGAUGUUCGCCAGGCACGUGAAUUCCUUUCAAAGUUAGGUGAUAUCAGUCAGACUCAAAUUUUUGCAAAGAUUGAAAAUGUUGAGGGAUUGACCCAUUUUGAUGAGAUUCUACAAGAAGCUGAUGGAAUUAUCCUUUCCCGUGGAAAUUUGGGUAUUGAUCUUCCACCAGAGAAGGUGUUUUUAUUUCAAAAAUCUGCCCUUUAUAAGUGUAAUAUGGCUGGGAAGCCUGCUGUGCUUACGCGUGUUGUGGAUAGCAUGACCGACAACUUGAGACCAACCCGUGCUGAAGCCACUGAUGUUGCCAAUGCUGUUUUAGAUGGAAGUGAUGCUAUACUUCUGGGUGCUGAGACUUUACGUGGAUUGUACCCUGUUGAGACUAUUUCUACUGUCGGCAGAAUUUGUUCCGAGGCUGAGAAAGUUUUCAAUCAAGACCUUUAUUUUAAGAAGACUGUCAAGUAUGUUGGAGAACCCAUGUCCCACCUGGAAUCUAUUGCAUCCUCUGCGGUACGAGCUGCAAUUAAAGUGAAGGCAUCUGUUAUUAUUUGUUUUACUUCAUCUGGAAGGGCUGCGAGAUUGAUCGCUAAAUAUAGGCCGACGAUGCCAGUUCUAUCAGUCGUGAUACCUCGACUAAAGACGAAUCAGCUACGGUGGAGCUUUAGUGGAGCUUUUGAGGCAAGACAAUCACUUAUUGUGAGGGGUCUCUUUCCUAUGCUAGCAGAUCCUCGACAUCCAGCUGAGUCAACAAGUGCAACAAAUGAGUCUAUACUUAAGGUUGCCCUUGAUCAUGGAAAAGCAUUGGGAGUAAUAAAGUCACACGACAGGGUAGUUGUUUGCCAGAAACUUGGUGAUGCAUCUGUGGUUAAGAUUAUUGAGCUUGAAGAUUAAGGAGCAUUUAACCAACAACAGAUUUAGUGUUAUUUAUUUGUAUUACAUCUUUCCCUAGUUUUUCAAAGAUGCAGGUCAUUCUGCCACAAGUAGAGGUUGUUAGCUCUACUUGGUUUUGAUGAAACGAAUUUUGGAUGCAAAUUAUUGCUGGCUGUAAAACAUAAAAUCAAGGGAAUGUGCCCUUGAUGCCAAUUUUUGGGUUUAGUAUUAUUCAUACUAGAACACAGCUCGAAAAUGUGAUUAUUGAAUCGGAUUACCAAACAAAUGAGAUGCUAAUAGCAUGUUAUUUCAGACAACAAUUGUUUAUGGCCA